GCGGCGGCAGGGACCGGCUGGAAAGUUUGUGGCCGCGGCGGGCGCUGCGGGUGCGGGGGCGCCGCGCAUGGCGCUGGUCACCGUGCGCCGCUCCCCGGCGGGCGGCGGCCCCUCCACGCCGCCCGGCUCCAAGGAUGAAGAAGUUUCCAGGAGGAGUCAGCUGCAGCGCCGGCAGAGCUUCGUCAUGGUCAAAGGGGCCGCCCUGCUGCUGCAGGAGGAUGAGAAGUUGGAGACGGUGUCGGAGAUGUCACCCCCACCAGAGCAAAUCCAGAACCAGACCCCAGGCCAGCAGGAGCAGCACCUGCACCUGAUGAUGAGGCUGCUACGGCCAGAGGAUGCCAUCUGCCUGGCUGUGCGGCUGGAGUCAGCCCAGCCCCACCGGAUCCGGUACCUGCUGGUCGUAUCGAUGGAGGAGAAAGAGGGUGAGAGCGAGACGGUGCUUCUGGGUGUGGACUUCCCUGAAGAGGGCUCCUCCAGUUGCACCCUGGGGAUGGUGCUGCCCCUCUGGAGUGAUGCCCAGGUCUUUCUUGAUGGGGACGGGGGCUUCAGCGUGACAUCCGGAGGGAAGACACGCAUCUUCAAACCCAUCUCCGUCCAGACCAUGUGGUCAGUGCUACAGGUGCUGCACAAGGCAUGCAAUGAUGCUAUCCAGAACAACCACUUCCCUGGGGGCAGUGCAUUGGGCUGGGCCGAGCGGUACCAGUGCACUGUGGCCUCAGAGCAGAGCUGCAUCAACGAAUGGCUGGCCAUGUCUGACCUGGAGUCCGUGAGGCCAGACUCCUUCUGCUCUGACAAGCCGACAGAGCGUGUGGUGACAGAGAAGAUGAUCCGAGCCAAGCUACGUGAGGUGAUGGCCACUGCUGAUCUGGAGAGUAUCACUGCCAAAGAGAUCCGUACCGAACUCGAGUGCCGCACUAACUGCAGCCUGGCUGAGUACAAGGAGUUCAUUGACAAUGAGAUGUUACUCAUCAUGGCCCAGAUGGACCGGCCUUCCAGGAUCUUCGACCACCUCUACCUGGGCUCUGAGUGGAAUGCUGCCAACCUGGAGGAGCUGCAGCGCAACAGAGUCACUCACAUCUUGAACGUGACCCGUGAGAUUGACAACUUCUUCCCUGCCCUGUUCACCUAUAUGAAUGUACGGCUCUAUGAUGAAGAGGCCUCCCAGCUCCUGCCCCACUGGAAGGAGACAUUUCGCUUCAUCUCCGAUGUCCGGAAGCAGAAUGCGCGGGUGCUUGUGCACUGUAAGAUGGGUGUGAGCCGUUCAGCUUCCACAGUGAUCGCUUACGCCAUGAAGGAGUACCAGUGGACGCUGGAGCAGGCCUACCGGCAUGUACAGGAAAGACGUCCCAUUGUGCACCCCAACCCCGGCUUCAUGAAGCAGCUGGAGUUCUACCAGGGCAUCCUGGAUGCCAGCCGGCACAGCAGCCUCUGGGCGCAGAAGGCUGGGGAUGCCCAAUGGGAGGACACAGGGGAUUCAAAUGAUGCCAGCAGUGACCUCUCAGCCAGCGACGAGAGCCCAUUCCCUGAAUCCCCCACCUCAGAGGAGGAGCCAGCCAAAACACCCACUUACUGCUUUCGACCCCUACGGGAGCCCCCCGAUGAGCCUACCCAGUCCCCCCAGGAGGCUGCAGCAGGAGGCCAUGCUGGCCUGGCGGCCCAGACCUCCACACAUGAGGCAGAGGAGCUUGGUGGCUCGGAUGACUCAGGAGCCGAGGAGGUGCGUAAGCACCUGGCUGCGUUGCAGUCACCUCAGUCCCCUGGCAGCCCACGCCGGCAGCGCAUCAAUCUGUACGCCAUCAUGAGGAGCAUCAGUGAGAUGGAGAGCCAUGACACCCCAUCCCCGCUGGAGGGCCCUGUUGAGGGGGAGAUGUUUGCUGUCUCAGGAAUCCAGUCCUCCAGAGGCAGCCCCCCAUUGCAGCCUGAUGCCUCCCUGCCCCCAGUGCCUCAGAGCCAGGAGGAUCCUGGGGCUGGGGCAGGAUCCAAGGUCCAGCGUCGCCAACAACGAGCCACAAUGGACAAGGUGGGGGGCUGGCGGGGCCGGCACCGUGGCCGCAGGGCCUCCCGGAGCCACGGCCAACUAUGCAAGCAGAUGUCCUACCGCCCGGCGCCCGGCAAGGUGCACACAACUGUGCGGCACAUGGAGGGCCCUGCCCCCGCAGCCCUGGACCCACCCCGGCGCCGUGCACCCCAUGUGCAACACCGUCUCUCAGUGGCCCAUCUCAUAGACGCUGCCCUGGUGGUGAGCCGCACCAAAGAGUUCGAGGAGCGGCUGGGAGCCCCAGGGGAGGAGCCCAUAAGCCCCACACCCUCUACCUGGGAGCCCCCACCUAAAUCCUACGGCUUCAUCUCCUCACGGCCACGAAGGAUGGUACGACAGGCCAGUGUGGAUGUAGACCCUGCUGCAAACGGUAGCCCUGCCCCUUGCCCCACCGCUGGAAGGGGCUCUGUCCCUGACAGUGACCCUGCUCCUGGCUCUGGCCCUGGCCAUGACAGUGGCCUCACCCCUUCUCCUAUCUCUGAAUGUGGCCCUGCCCCUGACAGUAGCCCUACCUCUUCUCUCACUUCUGCAGGUGUCCCGGACAGUGCCCCAACCUGUUGCCAUGCCCCUGGCAAUAUCUCCGUCCCUUGCCCUGACCCUGACAGUGGCCCAGCCCCUUGCCCCACCUCUGAUGGCGUCCCCACCCCAUAACAACAUGGCCAUGGCUACAGAUGGUGCUGAGCCUGGGUAUUACCAGGCAGGGGGAACUUUCAGUACCAGAGGGCAUCAGCGCCAGUCAUCCAAGGGGCAGUGCCAAGAGUGGAGCUGGUGUUUGUAGCCCCAACCCCAAGGCCUGGCUCCUUCAUGGUCAAUUGGGUGUGGCCCUGUGGGGGGACCCUCCUUCCACCCCUCACGAAGCCCCUCACCAAGCACAGCACUGCCCUGAACCCUGCACUGCAGCCCAGCAGGUGUUACCUGAGAGGUGGGGGGCACCACCUUUUCCACUGCCACCCUCCCCUUCAUGCAACUCUUUGCUUGAGUACCACUGAAGCGCCGCUUGGGCAGGCAAGUCUGAGGUGCUCCCUCCCAACUCCCUGUGACCUGCGGGGAAAGGUUGGAGCUGGGAAGGGGUGAUAGCCCUUGCCUCACCUUGCCUUAUGCACAGACGUCGAGCCAUUUCUCUCUGUGCCAACCUCACUCAGCCUGAGAAUAAAGAGUUUAUUCACUUUG